CCAUCCGAGCCAUGGGACCAGGCGAAACCUAGAAAGCGCUGACAGGUUUUCACUUCCUGCUGAGACCAAUCUAAUAGCUAGAGUCGGACCCUGGCUUACGUGUCACCGGUUCCACGCUUACAAGUUCAAGAGAUACGUGCACUCACGUCACUAGUGCUUAGAUACAAGUCGGAGAUCUGAAACUUACAAGCAACCAGUUUAGUUUUGCACAUCAGACGGCGAGAAGAAGUGUUUACUCCUGGGGAAUUUUGUGCCUGUCCGAUACCAUCAGUUCUAAUUUUCUUUCCCUCUGAGCAAGGUUGCUUGUGGCUGUCUCCAGGAUAGAGAUUGAAAAAAUUACAUACAUACAUACAUACAUACAUUGCCAAUGGAUGCCAAUCAGCAAUCUGACCAUUCCGAUGACGAAGCAUCAGCGGUAGCCCUUCCACAACAUAUCACCGCCCUCAUUGAGCAUGAUUAUCCUUUGCCAGGGUUUGUUCCUGUUGGCCUUACUGUUCGGGAUGAUGAAGUCAUGCAAGAAGAGCUGUCGCUAGACGAAGGAGCCGCGGGUUUUGUUAAUGAAUAUGAAGAUCAACAUUCAAGGGCGUUGGAAUCAGUGGAGACAGGACUUGGCAAUAUUCUAUUUGAUGUAUGGGACUCCACUCUAUUACCUUUGCUGGCUAUUGCGGACAUCUUUCAGUUGUGUAGGGUUAGUAGACGCUUGAGAGAGCUGCUACACAAUGAGCACACAUUCAAGGGUCUAUGUCAGCACCGGUAUCAGCUCAGUCCGUAUUUGGAGAUGUCCUACAUUCAGAUUGCCAAAGUCAUGUACAUCGCCACCAGGGUAGCUAGCCUGAUUCGUAGCGGCAUGACGGAGUUCAUGAACAGUGUUAUCCGCAGCAAUGAUCAUCGUGUUUUCGAACACAAAAUGCGGUCGAUUGUGCGAUUAUCAAGCCUCGCUCUGGCAUUGCCUGAGAACGUCGUGAAUACAUUCCCUAGCUGGACAAGCACUGGGCAGUUGAUGAUACUCGCACCACAGCAGUGCCUGUCGGCGGAAGAAGCUUGUACCUACCUUCCAAAUAUUUCACCGACGUUGAUCGCAGAAACAUGCAAUGAGGAACCAGGUUGUAAUUUGUACAGCCUUGAAGACCUAGUGAAGUUAUCGUUUGAGAGGUGCAGCUCUAUUGAACAGUACGAAAUAGCAAUCAUCAAGGAUUUAGAGAAAGAUAGUUCAGAGAUGGUCCAAUACUUGUCGUCAACGAACCGCUCUAGCAGGCUUGUGUGCAUUGCGAAAGGGUUUUACAGCGUCGCAAAGCGAGAUGCGAAAAUGAUCUCAAUACUAGACAACGUUUUCAUGAUCCGUCAUCUCAAACCUAGCUUGUGCUUAGUUACUCCUUGGAAUCAUAACCCCUUCUAUGAUCAAGAUAUCGAUUAUGCUGACAGUGACCUGGUGACUGCUUACAUAUUUAUCUCCCGAUUGUGGAUUGACGCCACUACACUGCUCGCAACAACACACUCUGUGAUUAAUCUACUGAUAACCAGAAACCUGCAGUCAUCAGACGCCGAGGAUUACUUCACGGCUUGUCUUGAGUACAUCACGCUCUGGCUGAGUUUGCCACAGUCCAGUCGCCCCAAGGGUGACCAUCUAUUUCGUGGCUUGGGUACCUACAUACUUGAGUCAUCACUAGGAUCAGAUUCGCAGAGAAGAUUGACCAAAGUCGAUUUCCUGAAUGCUUUGACACAAUAUGGCGAUGAACUUGUUGCCAAUGCGAUCUUGCACGUCUAAGACUUUUAAUAUUAUUCCUCCUGCUGGAAAAGCCCAAACAAGUUCUGCACAUUAUUUCCCUAGUCAUUUCUGUUUGUUGAGAAGUGUCGUCGAUAUUGAUAAACUUUGAUUCAGACUCUUUUGAUCUCUUUUGAUCUUGUUGACUUGCUCAAUUGAGUUUUGUUAUUACAGACUUAUACAAGUUUUGAGAGGCGACUAAGCACGUGUGCAAGCCGUGGAAGCAUUACGUCAUAGUUUCCUCUCCACCCGACUACUCACCUAUUCUCAAAUGACGCUUCCACUACAUUUUGCAUUUUUAAUUAUUUUCACUUAAAAACUUCGCUGCAGAUAUGGCUCAUACUUCUGUUCACAAGAACUGUAUUACUACUGUUAGGUACCUCCUCCCGUACCUUUUCUAGCUGGCCUGCAUGCACUUGCGUACUCACCUUUUGUCUCCUUUUCUUCCGUUGGCCUGGGUAGCUACUUGCGCGCCCAUAUUUGCCAUAGCUACCCAGGCCCUUUAUCUUGCCGUUCAGACUUGAUCUCUUGCUCUCUUUUCUCACUCUUCAAUGCAGUCGUUUCGUUCGUCUUGGUCUCUUGUCUCGUCGUCUAUAAUAAAUGUCGUUCCCCCAACCUACCUGUUCCCGUUGUAAUGUCUGGAUAAUGUGUCGUCAGUCGUCCUGUUUCGAAUUCAACAUUGGCGCCCGAUUAUUGAUCGACCCACGACCCUGAGAUCAUCCCAUGCCCAGCCGUCCUCAACCGCCAUUCGUCUCGUCUAUGUCAACCUCGUCUCGUCCAUGUCAGUCUCGUCUCUCCUACGCCAACCUCGUCUCUCCUACGCCAACCUCGUCUCGUCUAUGUCCACCUCGUCUCGUUCAAGCCAUGCAGGUCAGCUACCUUUCUCUCUUUCUUUUUUUGUAUCCUUCUUCGUCAAAUUUAUUUUCCUGAAUUUUUUUGUAGUGUAUGCGCGCGCGUGUGUUCGUAAAACAUUACCAAGUUAGGGGUCCGAUCAUGGUGAGCCACGCUCUAAUUUUUGGAUGUUUAGCAAAAGUGUAAGUAGGCUGUAUUAGCCGUGCAAAAUACUAGUAAUUCACGUUCCUCGUCAAACUCCAAUAGUUAUUACACACUAUAAGUAGUACAGGAAUGAUCUGUAGUGCAUUUCUAGUAAACACUUUCGUGAGAUCCGUGCGCGCGUGCAAUAUGUGUGUGUGUGUGUUUUUUCUCCUCCAGUCAUUUUUAAAAUCUUUUUCUCUCUUUUUUUCUCUCCGCGAGGACGCGGGAUUUUUUCAUGGAGGGGUGGUAUGUUAGGUACCUCCUCCCGUACCUUUUCUAGCUGGCCUGCAUGCACUUGCGUACUCACCUUUUGUCUCCUUUUGUUCAGUUGGCCUGGGUAGCUACUUGCGCGCCCAUAUUUGCCAUAGCUACCCAGGCCCUUUAUCUUGCCGUUCAGACUUGAUCUCUUGCUCUCUUUUCUCACUCUUCAAUGUAGUCGUUUCGUUCGUCAUGGUCUCUUGUCUCGUCGUCUAUAAUAAAUGUCGUUCCCCCAACCUACCUGUUCCCGUUGUAAUGUCUGGAUAAUGUGUCGUCAGUCGUCCUGUUUCGAAUUCA